CUUGGCUCCUCAUCUAUCCAAAUCAACACGUCCACCGCAGUAUGGACUCUCCAAUCCGAGUUGCAGUCCUAGACGACUACCAACAUGUCGCGCUCCAGUCAGCGGAUUGGUCCCCUUUGAAAGCUCAGGCUCAGAUCGAUGUUUUUGAUAACACCAUCCCAACGAACCAACCUGAAAAGCUCAUCGAACGCCUCAAACCGUACAACGUGAUAUGUGCCAUGAGGGAAAGGACCAAGUUUCCGGCUGAAAUACUCAACAAUCUCCCCAACCUAAAGCUGUUAAUUACAACCGCCGCAAGGAACGCUGCAUUUGACCUGGCAGCGUGCAAAGCGAACAAUAUAAUGGUUUGCGGCACUCAGAGCUACGGCAAUUCAACAGUGGAACACACAUGGGCCCUGCUUCUUGCUGCUGCUCGCAACAUACCCCGCGAUCACUUCCAUGUCGCCAAUGGAGGCGUUCCAUGGCAGACAGGUUCCCUUCCACUAGGAUUAUUCGGAAGGACGCUUGGUCUCAUUGGUGUGGGUAAACUGGGCACAAAAGUAGCUGAGAUCGCGAAUCUCUUUGGCAUGAAAAUCAGUGCCUGGAGCCCUAAUUUGACCCCAAAACGAGUGGCAGCGUUACCUGUGCCUGUGACUUAUGUCCCUUCUCUGAAUGAACUGUUGGAGCAGUCGGACAUUAUCUCGAUUCAUAUGGUCUUGUCACCUUCCACGCGCAACCUCAUCAACCGGGAAUCAUUUUCACACAUGAAACCAAGUGCGCUACUUGUCAACACUUCACGGGGCCCUCUGGUGAAUGAAGCUGCAUUGCUUGAAGCUCUGGAACAAAAGAAAAUAGCUGGAGCUGCCCUCGAUGUGUACGACGAAGAACCUCUCCCCCUCGAGCAUCCUGUUCGAAAGCUGGACAACGUCGUACUUUCCCCUCACAUGGGUUACGUUGCAGAUAGCAACUAUGCUGUCUUCUUCCGGGAUACCGUUGAAAACAUCCUCGCCUUCUUGGAUGGCCAGCCCAAGAGAGUAAUAGAAUAAGAGGGAGGGACAACUCCGUUAGGUGUCUGAUCUCAUCGGCACUCGUGCAGGACAGUGUGAAAUGACUAGGCUUUGGUACUCUGGCCCGUUGUAACCCAUGCGAUCAUUUGAG